GGAGCGGGGCAGCCGCGGAACGCCCGCCGCGCCGGCCGCACGCCCGCCCGGAGCGCUGAGGCUGCUGCACCGCGGCACCGGAAGGAAGCUCGCUCGCCAUGCCAAAGUUACGAAAACCUCAAGGAGGGAAGCAAGAGAAAAAAGUUAUCCAUCCCUACAGCAGAAAAGCUGCACAGCUUGCAAGGGAAGUACACAAACAGGAAAAGAAAGAAAAGUUGAAGACAGACAAAGCUUUGCGUUUAAGUAUUAUUGGAGAAAAACUGCAAUGGUUUCAAAGUCACCUUGAUCCCAGUAAAAUCGAGUACACAAAGAAGGAAGCUGGUGAACUAAUUGAAAAUUAUAUGUGUCGAUUCAAUGCUGAAUUGGAGCAGAUUGAAUUACAAAACAGUAUUAAAGGCAGACAAGGAAGACAGCAUGGUUCACGGGAAACUGUCAUCAAGCAGACAAUAGAACGUGAAAGACAACUCUAUGAGGGCUAUGGAAUAGAAAUCCCAGACAUUAUGAACAGAAAGCAUCUUAAAUUUUUCAGAGAAUGGGAUGGUGAUCUGAGGAAACUGCCAAACAUCAAAAUGAAAAAGCUGUCAGCUAGGGAUGCUGCCUGCAGUCACCCUGAGGUGACAGAUGCAGAAGCAAAAGAAGACUUGAACGAAGAAGAGGUGGGCCCUGAUGAGCACCAGCUGAUUCAAGAGCUGAAAUAGUGAAGGGAAUUGUAAGAAACCUAUUUUAAUUUUCACUGGAAACAAAAAUAAAAUUUAACUAUAUUUCUAAA